AUGGAACCUGAAGAGAUCGAAAUGUUGCGAAACACGACUCUUGGUACGCGAGUUGUCGAAGGCUGUACCUUGCGAGCGGCCAUUAGCGGCGUGGGAGGUGCUGGCCUGGGACUGCUGAUGGGAGGCUUUCUUCACACUAUGCAGCCUCCACCCAACAUUGACACGACAUUGUCAACCAUGGAGCAGAUACGGCAGUCUUACAAGGGCUUUGGCCAGCCUCCUAUACCUGGCAGUACCAUGUUUUAUUUCCUUUGA